UGGUGCGGUCGCGGCGUGGUAACUGUAAACUUUGCUUUUUUUAGACGCCGGUAAUUCUGGAAUGUAAUAAAAUUUUACUUCAAAAAUAAUAGAGAAUCAAAUUAAAUUAGUUUCCUUGUUUUAUUGCCUAUCGUGAUAAUCUGAUUUAAUCAGAGACCAAGAAAUACUCUAUCGAAGUAAUCAUAACUUAGUUAUGUCGACUGAGAUUAAUACAUCGGAAGGUCCAAGUACAUCCGACGUUUCUGCAGAGCAGCCCAACAAAAAACCCGAGACCCAUUCUGAGAAAAUUUUUGCGAGCAACAAAUACGUUAUUCUCAGCGAAUGUAGGUUCCAUAUUUCCACAAAAGAGAAUCACUUAAAACGUUUGCAGAAUUUACGCAAGGAAUUGAAUUAUCUCAAAGAAACUGAAUGGAUGUAUGAUCCUCUAGAGAAACGAGCUGGUCAACAAUAA